AUGAAAAUUGUUAAUUUUUUUAAAAUUUUAUGGUCUCAAAUACUGAUUCAAAAUUCAAUUCUUAAAUUCCUGGUUCUCAUUGAAAGUUCAAAACGAAUUAAAAGUCAUGAAACUUUCUUUCAUAACUACAUUUUUAUUUUGGAAAAUAAAGAAAUUUUUCAACAAGAAAAAAGAAAAGAAAAAGUACAACUUGAACUUAGUAAUGUUCACCAUCUCGAACAUGCUAAGGGUCUGAGACAUAUUGUUCUUUCUCAGAAUAGUUUCUAUACUUCAACACACUUUUCAUGUCUUUCUAAUUCUAGCUCGAAUAGAUUCUCAAUGAGAAUAAGACAUAAACUCAAAGAAAAUCUUCAACAUUUCGAAAAUCAGCAGGAGAAAAAUAAACUAGAUCAGAAUUUGAUUUUGUUUUAUUAA